AUGAUGCAACUGGGGAAGAAGGAAAAGAAGAGAGAACCUAGGAGGGUUGAGGUACGCUUUGUGGAUGCACUGGGCUUUGAUUUAGAGGAGGUGAAGGUCUUUAGAGUCCAGGAGGACCCCCUGAUACCCCAACAUGUGAUGUUCAGGCUGCUGAUGAGCUCCGAACUGGCUUUUGGAAAGUCACCUGAGCUGAACCUGCCUUACUUCAGACCCUGUUUCCCUGAACACAUGGGGGCCAACUCAAACUUCCAGAACUGUCUCUCCUCCCAGGGGGCCUCUCUGGAGCAGGUGAUGUGCUCAGACCAGGGCAUAACAGGUACCAUACAUGUACAUAAUUUAGCUAAUGAGAAAGAGGUCAGAGUACACUACUCUUUCACCAACUGGAGAACACACACACACACAACAGUAUUCUGGGUAUCAGGUGGGCACCCUGGUGACUGCGGCGCUCCUGGCACGGAUAUCUUCAGGUUUUGUCUGCUUGUCCCGCCCUUCAUCCUGCGGCCAGGAGCCAUCCUGAAAUUUGCCAUCUGCUACAAUGUUAACAGAUGUGACUUCUGGGAUAACAACAAUGGCAACAAUUACAAACUUGCAUGCCACAGCUACAAGGUCACUGUGCCAAGGGAGUGUGAGGACAACAUGCUGCAUUUCACCUGA